GGUGGCAUUGUGUGUCCCAGAGCGCAGGAGCGCGUCGUCUCGGAAGAGAGGCGAGGCUGAGCCCAGAGCUCUGGGUUGCUUCAGCAGGGAAGACUCCCUUCUGCCCUGCUUCAAGCUGCUGAGCACUGAGCAGCGCUCAGAAUGGAAGCCAUCGCCAAAUAUGACUUCAAAGCCACUGCAGACGAUGAGCUGAGCUUCAAAAGGGGGGACAUCCUCAAGGUUUUGAAUGAAGAAUGUGAUCAGAACUGGUACAAGGCAGAGCUCAAUGGGAAGGAUGGCUUCAUCCCCAAGAACUACAUAGAGAUGAAACCACAUCCGUGGUUUUUUGGCAAAAUCCCCAGAGCCAAGGCAGAAGAAAUGCUUAGCAAACAGCGGCACGACGGGGCCUUUCUCAUCCGAGAGAGCGAGAGUGCUCCCGGGGAUUUCUCCCUGUCUGUGAAGUUUGGGAUUGACGUGCAGCACUUCAAGGUGCUCCGAGAUGGAGCUGGAAAAUAUUUCCUCUGGGUGGUGAAGUUCAAUUCUUUGAAUGAGCUGGUAGAUUAUCACAGAUCCACAUCCGUCUCCAGAAACCAGCAGAUAUUUCUGCGGGAUAUAGAACAGGUGCCACAGCAGCCGACGUACGUCCAGGCCCUCUUUGACUUUGACCCCCAGGAGGAUGGCGAGCUGGGCUUCCGUCGGGGAGACUUUAUCCACGUCAUGGAUAACUCAGACCCCAACUGGUGGAAAGGAGCUUGCCACGGGCAGACGGGCAUGUUUCCCCGCAAUUACGUCACCCCUGUGAACCGGAACGUCUAAGAAGCAGAAGAGAUUAUUUAAAGAAAGCGAAGAGUUUCAGACAUGUACAGAAGAAUUCAACCCACAGCUGUCUCUGCCAGCAGCCUGUGGGGAGCUCGGGACACCUGCUGGGUCACCCUGUGACCCUCUCACUUUGGGGGGACUUUGGGGGGAGGGGGCGUUGGAUAUAAAAAAUGCCAAAACUUACCUAUGGAUUAAGAAAAGAGUUUUUAUUACAAGUUUUCACCGCUGCUCCCAUUUCCCCUCCUUUGUCCUUUUUUCAUCUUUUUUCUCUUCUGUCCAUCAGUGCAUGACGUUCCAGGCCACGUAUAGUCCUAGCUGAUGCCAAUAAAAGAAACGAAACCAAGUGGGCUGGUAUUUUCUCUAUGCAAAGUGUCCACUGUAGUCGGAAUGCCAGGAGAGCUGCCCUGUGUUCUCCACGUACACACGAGGAGGGGGUGCCUCUGCGGUCAUCCUCUGUCCCCCGUCCCAGCCCCAGCCCCAGCCCCAGCCCCAGCCCCAGCGUUUGUCAGAGUUGGAAGCAGCGGGUGAGGGAAGUGGAGCCUGCCCCUCGAGAAAGCCCAACUGCAAACUCCGUCUCUGCCUUGCUUUGUUUUUCCCCUUCCAAACGGUAUUAUUGAGCAUGUUUAUUCAUAGUGCCUUUUUCCUUAUUUCAAGGUUGCUUAUGAGUGGUGUUUUUUGUUUUGUUUUAAAAUAAGUUAAAGACAGUCCAGAGCUUUUCAGCCAGUUUGUCUCCUACUCUGUGUAAAUAUUUCCCUUGCGGGAGGGAGCAGGGUAGAGAAGAGGAGACCGUGGGAGUGGGGCGAGGCCUUCUGCUGGGUGAGCACAGGCUUCCAGGUUCAGCUUUAAUGUGUGGAGCCUACCGGCCAAGGGAGCCAGCCCGGGGCAUGCGGCCGCCAGGGAAGGAGAGGCUGUGGCCUUCAUACCUGAGUGGAUCUGGCUGAAAGGGGGUCAGAUCCUUGACCUCCAGGGCUCAGGUAUGGUCUGCCCCACCUCAUCCCGAGACCCCCCCAGAUGCAAACCCCUGAGCCAGCAAGCUUCGAACUCCGAAAAGCAGGAAAAAUGACUGUUGAACCUGCUGUUCUUCGGCUGACGGGUCAUGCCCUCCUGUUGUGCCAGGGCAGAAAGUGAGAGGAUUCAUUUUUCAUUUUUCUUGCUCUUAAAACUGGGUCGUGGCUUUCACCUCUGUGUCCCCUUACCUGCCCAGGCCAGAGUUGGCAGCGUCAAGAAGCCGCGGGGCCAUCCCGUCUCCAUGCACAGGGGGUGUGUUUGCACCUGCACCUGUCCCUGCCCUGGAAGGCGCCCGCGAGCAGGGAGCGUUGGGGAAGGAUGAUAGGAAGGUCGAGGCCACCGCAGAGCUCUGUCCACCUCCUGUCAGCUUUGACAGCCUGCAGCCAUGUGCCUGUAACCUCUUCUCCACCCGGUCCCCUCACACGACAAACCAAGACCUCUUCCAUUGCUCUCCCCGGGAGUGGUGACGUCUGAGGCUGUCGGUGGGAGACCCCUCGGACCCGCUGUGCUGACGGACUCGACCUGGAGCCCUGUGGACAGCAUGUGGCCACCACUCCUCGCUCCCUCUUGUUCUGCUUCUCCUUUCCUCGCCGAUGAUAAAGGAAUCUCUGGCCUUCUAUGCCUGGACCGUUUGAUUGUUUUGUUUUGGAAAUGGUGUGUACCAUGGAGCCUUGCUGAGCUAAGUUUUGUGUGUAUAUAUUUAAAAAAAUCAGUGUUUAAAUAAAAAGACCUAUGUACUUAAUCCUUUAACUCUGCGGAUAGCAUUUGGUAGAUAGUGAUUAACUGUGAAUAAUAAACGUACAGUGAAUUCUUCA